CAACGGUGAAGCCUCUCGCUCUGCCAUUUAUACUCUUUGAUAUCCAAGUCAAACUUUCACGCUGGUCUGUGUAGUCCAUGGUGUAGUCUGCUGGCGCUGUUCUUUCACAAGUGUCGCAUUUAUUUCCCCCCUCAUGGAUUGGAUAUUAUGAAAUGUUCCUCAUCAAAUAAAAAUACGGAACUAUGGGAAAAUUACAGUCCAAACUUGCUUCGAAACGUAGACAGGGUCCCGAAGGUGGUAGUUUGGCUUCCAAUGUGCUGACCUGUCAAAGGGAGCUGGAGCGCAUCCACAAAACCAAACUGACAGAGAACUUGUAUGUAGAAUUGAGGGCAAACAAGUCUGAGCGUAACUGCAACCUCAAAGUGGUUCUGCCACCAAAGAAGACACCUGAUAGAGAUAAAAGCAUCCACUUCCAGUUCAAUAAACAGACGAAGAAGAGGAGCAGCCAUGCUGGUGUCACAGAGUGUAACAUAGUGCCUGAUAAGGACACUCAGCAGGAGUGGGUAUUCAUGCUGUACAACUUUGACAACAGUGACGAGGUCACCAGAGAGGACAUGUCCAGUCUGAUACACUCCAUGCAUGAGGUUCUAGAGGCGUCAGUCAAGCCGCCUUACAGUGGCACCACACCCCUGAAGAUAAAGCUAGUUGUAACUCCAUCAGCUGGCCCAGAGAAGAUCUCAGAAAUAGCAGCAGGGAAGGAGCAGAGUGCUUUUCAGGAGGCAGCAAAAAGACACUAUUGUGUGGAUGAAAACAUAGAGCGCAGAAACCACUACCUGGAUCUAGCUGGCAUUGAAAACUAUACCUCCAAGUUUGACAAUACAGACUCUCCCUCUCAGGAGCCCACUCAGGAUGCUCAUUCUGCUCUUAAGCACCACCCUGUGGUGAUCAGAGAGAACUGCAUCUCUCCUGACUCUCCCAGAGGCCUCUCUACCCCUUAUUCCCCAAGAAGCAAGGCUGUGUCAGUGGGGAAAGACAGGAACGGAGGAGAGGGGAAGUCCUGCAGGUUACAUGGCCAACACCCUGCUUCAUGGUGCCAUCCUUCCCAGUCUCAGCCUGCAGCACAUAGCGUCCUGCAACAUAGUCAGAGCAAGAGGCUUCGCUCCAGGGUACAAGAUGCUGCCUCACACCUUAGACCUACGCCGGGGGGAGGUAGGGAAAUAUUUUCCAACCUUCAACCCUCCUGUGGUGCCUUGGCUUCUCCAGCCCAGAGACAUGAGCACCGUCACAAGCAUCAUCAUCAUCAUCAUCAUCACCACCAUCACUACCACCCUUCAUAAAUGCUUUUCAAACACACAUGAGACCGGUAAGAAGAGUAGCUAUAGACUAUUGACCUGAAAUGUGGUAGUUUUGGAGGUUAAAUGCAACUCAGCAGGUCCUUGAAUCACCUAAUUUACUUGAUAUUCAGUGUGUGGUGGAAUCAGGCUUAGGCACUGUUAUCUUAAUGCAAGAAAACCCGAAAAUAUUACCUACACUAGAUCCAAGAAAGCCAGUUCAGUGUUACUAAUACUACUUUUAUAGCCAUUUAGAUUGGCAGAUUCCUCUCAGAUAGAUUGCCACGUAGCUUUAAAAGUUAUUUAAAUGCACACUUUGUAGAGAUACAUGACUACAUUUGAACCUGUAUUGCUGUAUAACCUGCAUAGUCACAUAUUUGCUUCCUAGGCCAAAUAUGUGUUAGCCUGGCUCCACGCUGGUAGGACCAGGCUAAAUAUGUGUACCACUGAACAAACAUUUAAUGGCAAUGAAUAAUUUGUCUGUUGAUAGUUCAUAUUCCAAUAACAAUCCCAGAAAGUCCAUGCUUUGUUUUCUUGCAUUUUUCUAUGUAUGUUAGUGACAUUUUUUUAACUCAAAAACAGCAAGACAACAACUGUUUGCAAUAUAUUCUGCAUUUCCGGCCGCAAUAUGUUGCUUGUAGUUGUAUUUUUCCACAUCAGGAGCAUGAUAUAGAAAUGCUGAAAUAUGGUCAACAAAGUAAACAUGGAAUCUGCACCCAUGUUUAUAUCGGAAAGAAUCCAUCAUGUAAAGGGCAUAGACAUCCAUGUCUUCACUGGCAGAAGCCUCAAUAGACCAUAAUGCAUUGCAACCAUGUGACAUGCUGUAAUCUGAGAGUGGCAAAAGCCAUUAACUGAGGCAGGUUUGGUUAAAAGUGAAUGCACCAAAAUGUAGAUAACAGCACCUUAUCACAAGCUGUCUUCUCAAAUGCAUUAAACAUUGCAAAGUGAUAAUGUUUCUGUACCACAGAUUUUAAUGUUCCUGUAUUGCUGUUAUAUUUCUGCUCUCACAACAUUGUUUUCUUCUAUCCUUGCAGGUUAUGUGAGUAGUGUCACAAAGAGGUGUUUGUAGAAUAGUGAUAAGUUUCCCAGUGGCAUUCAGAUGUUGUUCCUAUUUAUCUCUCUUACGAAAGUUGCAAACAGACACUGUGCCUGUCGAAGGACGUGAGACAGCUGUUUCUAUUAAUAACCUCUACCCCUCUUACCCUACCACGCGACCCCCAUGCCUCACCACAGCAAGCCUAGGUCUAGACAAAUGCACAACACCCAGGCAGACAUCAACAGAGGAAAUCAACAAAGCA